AUGCUCAGUCGUGCCUUGAUUGCGCCUACUCGUGCGCUUCGUGCCCAGGUGUCUGGUGUGCGUUCCUUCUCUGUAUAUGCACCUAUUUUCAGCUCUGCUCCAACCAAGCAGGCGCCGGCUCAGCUUGCCCGUGGUGAAUUUGUGCGUCCGAGGGUGAAAGGCGGCUCGAUCCAAGCACAGGUCGAGAUGCCCAUUGCCAAGCCUGAGGUCCCUCCGGAGGUGCAAGCGUACGGUUUGGAUCAGGCUCCGAACCAUCCCUCGACCUGGAGCUUGUCUCAGCGUCCCAAGUCGGAAGCUAUGAAGGGUCCGCGUUUUGAGCAGAUGGACCCUCGUUUCCAGCCACAAAGCUUGUCGGCUAUGGAGCUUAUCAACAACCACCCGAUUCAGAUGUCAACCAAGCGUGUGGUGUCCUGCGAUGGUGGCGAAGGUCCUUUGGGUCACCCGCGUGUGUACAUCAACUUGUGCAGCGGUACUCGGUUCCAAAAGGUGGACACAGAGGAGCACUAA